AUGCACGAUCACAGUUUUUCCAUUGGUAUAAACCUAGCUGAGAUCUUUGUCGAUGUUCCACGUACGGUAUUAGGAGAGCAAGGAUAUAAAGUGAUUCGCUUGGAUGACAUUGCGGGGAUCACUGAAUCUUAUCUAAAUGGUAUCAAAAAUGCGCCGACUACUAAACCCCACAUCCAACUAUACCUAAAGAGCACUUUAGCAGUUAUGACUGUAAUCUCAAAUGAUCCAAGUUGGUGGCCAACCAUCAAUGCGUAUCUUAUUUCCAGCUAUUUCAUAGUUGCCGCCUGUGUUGUGGUAAUGUACGAUUGGGGACUUACGUUCGGACAAGAGGUGGAACUGGUCUGGAGGCAACGCUGGUCUAUGAUGACAGUUCUGUAUCUCAUUGUUCAAGCCAUUGGCUUUCCGCUCAUUGCCCGUCUUUCACAAUCAGGAUUAAUAUGCAGUAUUCCAACAAUUGUGAUAACAGAUGCAGGUUGCCUUAUCAUCGACGACGCACUUAAUUGGAUGAGUGACGUUGUAGAAAUAAUACUGGGCAUCAUCAUCAUCGUUCGAUUGCAUGCCAUGUAUCAGCAAUCCAGAAAGGUGUUUGAUAUUUCUCGUUGUCAUCUUUCUGGCCAUCAGAAUCGCCAACGUGGUGAUGGUAGCAAUAAUAACGAUGCACAUCUCAGCGG